CAUUAUUUUAGCUUACCUACUUAUAUUUCAGAAGACUUUGAUCAAUAUUUGUGCAUCAUUAUUUCCAAGCACAUUUGUAUUCAUUUAGAGAAUACCUAUGAAGCGUUCAAAAACAAGUGGCUUAGGUCAUUGGAUCUAAAUGGCAUGUCCUUGAAAUAGAUGUGGGCCAUCAAAUAGACGCAUUCAUUGAUAGUGAUAUUGCGUAGCUUACUCACUUUCAAUAUUUCAUCAAAAAGAAAAUGAGCAUUUUUUUGUUCGACUAAUAUUUUACCUAUCUAUCUAUUGUCGUUCUGGUUUCCCAGUUUUGAGUUACUUUAGCAGGCUUCAAGAAUGAAUAUCAGUAUACUGUUACUGCCAAAGAAAGGUUUCCAGAAUAUUUGUAUUGCAGCACCAUUUAGCAUAAUUUGUGGAAACAUUAGCAUCAUUAGCAUCGAUGUUAUUGGGUCUAUUUAGUGAGGAGGUUGAGAAUAAUUUUCCAUUACAAAGUCGUUUUUGCAUUCGAGCUCGUCUGGGUUCAAAACAUUUCUGGAACAUACAUUUGUUGCCUUAAGAUGAAGAUCUUUUUGUUCUUCAUCAUUUGCUCAUUUUCGUGUGGUGAGCAAAAACCGGUGAAUGAAGAUAUAACAGAAGCUACUGUAGCUCCGGUUAACAUUGAGUCUGUGGAAAAUAAUCGGAAUAUUUUUAAUAUCUCGAAAAAAGAUGUGCUGUCGAGUCGUUUCAUGCAAAACACAUCAUUGAAAACUGAUACUUUAAAUGUGAACAGUGCAAAAUCGAACAUUUUUAAAAUUCCGUUGCUGAAUGCAGGGUCUAGCACCGCUCAUAUUUCUACUGCGUCAACGAACCUAAAUAAUACCAUCGUAAUGACAACAGCAUCACCUUUUCUCGAAAAAUCAUCAAAAAAUAAUGACACAACCUCGGACACAACCAACAAAAUAAUCAUUUCGGACACAAUCGAUCACUUUCUCAGUACUUUGACAAUGAAUGAAUUGUUACCUAACGACUACAUCAAUGAAAAAGAUGUAGUAAAUGUAACGCUUAUUUUCAAUGAAACUUCUCCAACUAUUGAUGCCACAACUGAACGGAUCCUACAUACCUUGUCACCUUCAUCGUCAACACCACCAAAACUGCAAGAAUGCAACAUUUCAUCUUCAGUGAUAGAAAAAUAUUCUGACUCAGCAAAACCAGUGAUUCCACUAGAUGAGCAGGAUACUUCUAAUGAAAAUAAUUCAAAUGGCGUAUCAAAUAAAAUCACAAUUUCAACCACCGAUAUUAUGCAGCUACAGAUAUCUUACAAUAUCAGCCAGAAUGGCAUUUCUAGUACUUCCGGAAAUGUACCCACCUAUCCACAUGAAACAUCUUCACUUUUGGUUCACCAGGAUGAAGUUCUCACAAACUCGGAUAGUGGCAAGACCAAUACUUUGUGGUCACCUUCUCCUGUGUUGUCAAACUUGUCAGAAUUGUUGAUAACGACAGAGCAAACUGUGUUUAACAAAGCAUCGGUAGAGAACAAUAGUGAAAUUUUUUCCAUUCAAUCAAAAGAUGUUGAAUACAUAAGAACUGGACUAGAUGUGGGUGCUGAUCAUAAGAAUUUGUCUAUUAAUUUGAAUACAUCUGAUGUGCAAGCAUCUGAAAAUGAUACAGAACUGGCACCAAGCUCUGCCAUGUCAGUGGAAAUUUCUAAGGAAGUAACAGAAAUUAUUAUUGUUGAGGACUCAAGUACAGCAAACACAUCAACUAUCACAACCGAAUCAUCUAUACUGGAGCAAGAAAUAGUGAAUGCGGAAUCACUCAUACAGGAUCUCUUAGAUCCUGCUAUUGUCUUAGCCAAACGGAGUUUACAAAGCACAGAAAUUCAAAAAAAUAUAGAUAGAAGAAGUCGAAGCAGCAGAUCAGAACAUUCUGAUGAAACUAAAUCCACUGGCAAUGUCACAAAUGCAACACCUGAAAGAGUUCAAAGGCAUACAUGGGUUGACUACUCUGAUGACAACUAUGGUGAUUUACAUAUGGCAGAAAAUUUUUGCGAUCAUCACAGCAAGCACAUCUACAGAACACACUACGAGCACAAGGAAAGAAAAUUCAAAGUGGACAAUCCACAUAUAAAUGAUUCGAAAUCCCGUCCGUUUAAACUCAUUCCUAUAUUUUCUGGGUGAAAUUUUCGCUCUUGGAUCAAUAAUGAGGGACUGGUUGAUAAUAUUAUAAAUCUAUAAUAAUGUAAAAUUAUAAUAAACAUGUGCAAUUCAUACCCACUA